CCGGAAGUUGCGUAGCAGUCAUAUGCUAAUAUUUACCUAUACACAAACGUCGCGCUCUGUGGAGGUGAACCGCAAACUGCUUCUCAGUCCUCGACACUCACGAGUUUUGGUUGUUUUGUGGAGUUUUUAAUUCGGUCCCUAUUUACAGUGCAAGUAUGGACAGCAAGUGGGCCUACACCAGACGUAAUAUCAUUAGGAAAAGGGCUGUUAGAACAAGAGUCAAUAAGAUGUUUGAAUCUUUGGGGAAAGAGAUUAAUUCUCCACCUGAAUCAAAAGUUGAAGCAGGCAGCAGCGUUCAGUCACAGUGGCAUCAGGAAACGCCCAACUUCCAGACAAAAAGCCUCUCAUGCUGUGAUCCAUUCAUAAAAUCGCUUCUUAUUGAAGUGGUAAGAAACCAAGAAAUUCUUAUGGAGCAACAGAGGAGCAUCAUAGAGAUGGUUCAGGAUCUCCAGGCAAACAAUGUCAGAGAGAUCACAGACUUUGAAGAGGACCCUUUAAAUCAAAGCUGUUUUCCAAUUGAAGACCUCAGUUCAUUAAUUGAGCUUGAAAACGAUCUCCGAUCGUGUCCAGAAACCAGACGAAAAGUGGUACUUGAACUUGGAUUGUUGGGUGGUGUGGAUGUGAAGGACACAGUUUGGCGAAUAAUGAAAAUGGCAAUAAAAAACGACUUUGCCAAAACUGUGAACUGGAAAGGUGUUAAUGGGAAAACACCUUUCCAUAAUUUGGAGUUUAAGAGUGUUGUGAUUGAUGCUGUAAGAAGAAAUCCCUCGUGUACACAGGCAACUGAGCUGGAGGUUGAAAAUGUUAUUAAACGUUGGUUUCAUCUGGCUGGUGACCGUGAGGGUGGAAGAAAAAAGCGAAUGCAGUUGCAAAAUGUUAAAGCAGAAAACUCAUUUUCAGUUGUGAAUCUGGAAUAACUAAGACAAAAUACUUGCACUUAACAUGAAAGAAAGAAAAAUGGAUCAGUAUCUCAUCUUUUUCACAUUGUAUUUUUUGCAACACGUUUGCACAUCUGUAAAUAUUUUGUAUUUAACCAGUUUUGCUCAAUAUUUUAUUUCAUCUUAUCUAUGCACUACACUUUGAAUUUGCUUGUUUUGUUUUUCCAAUUAAACAUUUCACAUAUGAGUAUAUAACAGUUGCAAUGUAGAUUCCGGUAUAAUAUUGAUCCUACUAUGUCUGGAUAAGCUGGGGGUGAGUUCAGGGGUAAGGUGAUAGUUUGGCUCUUUUUUUGGAUUCUGCAUUAUUAGUAGCUUUCUAUACGAAACUUCACUUAUCCUGCAUUUUUAAAUAACAUACUUUUACAUACAAAAUACUUAAGGAUGUUUAUUUAAUUUCAGUACAUAUCCUUAAUGCUUUACUAGUGGUAUUUUAUUGUUUUAUUUAGGUUUAGUAAAUUAUUAAGUCAUUCAUUUUAGUCUAUUUUACUCUUGCAUGUUGAUACAUAUUUUGUUUAAACAUUUUAAUCUUAAAUGCAACAGAUUGUUUGUAAUCUAUUAGCAAACAUCUUAAAUCUGGUGUUUUCUGAAAUUGUAGGCUUGCAUCAAAAGAUCCUAGGUUUGAAGAAUCUUGAUGAAGAGCUUUUAGAAUGUUUGUAAAAUGAUCUGUUUUUGAUGUUACUGUGUUGUUCAGACUGUUAUCAAUUUCUUUGUUUAAAAUACUGAAGGAUUUAACUGUUUUUGUACAUGUAGUAAGACUGGACAUAAAGAUUUGGACAAAAAAAGGUAGAUGAUAGUUAAUGGCCCACAUUCAUUCAGUUUGGAUUCCCAUUUAGUAACAAGCUGCCUUAAGAAAAUAAAUCAGAAAUGUUCCUUUUUAACUUU